GAGUGCACAAAAGAAAGGAGAGAGAGAGAGAGAGAGAGAGAGAGAGAGAGCGCACUGACAUAUAGCUGUUGCUCUGUUCAUCUGAUCACGCCUGACACAGCUGACUCUUUUCCUGAGGAGGAACGGAGGCUUUUGAUGCCAACAAGAGAGAAGUCAUCUCGCAUUUGUUACUCGGUCACACCCAAAUUAAAGGGGAGAGAGCCGUCUCUUUCCAACGGCUACUUCUCAUCUUCUGCCUUGCCUCUCGGCCGGAGAUUUGCAGUGCUCGCAUGAAUAAACACAAUAGCUUGCAUUAGGAAUAAUAUCUUCAUCCCAGGCUCUGCAGUGUGAGUUGGUGUUGGCUGUUCCUGUGGGGGGUAAUCGAUAGCAUCUGAAAUGGAGGGGAUAGUAAUGCAGGGUGAAGUUACCUCCGUGGAUAGAUCAGGAAACAUAGUAUUAGAUAUCGAGAGCCUCACACCGUCAUCUGACAAGUGCUCUGGAAGCCCAAAGAUGACUAAAGCUUUAUCUCGUAAAGGAUCAUCCCGUAUGGAGAGGCGGAAUGGUGAGGAGCAAGAUGCAGAUGAGACAACCAAAAAGAUUACUAAAGUGGUGUGCUAUCAUCUGGAGCAGUUUAAGCAGUCCUCAGUGCCAAAUAAAACUCUUAUAAUUGUACCUACUUCAGCGAAUGCUUCUAUUUCAGAUGCUGGAGAUGGAAGGCUUAGGAAGUUCAAUCAUUUGACAGCCAUCAACCCCAGGAGAAUCCUUCUCCUUUUGGCAUCUUUCAUGAGCUCAGCAGGAGGUCUGUUGGACAUCUGACACUCUUUGAGGAGUCAACAAAGUGCUGGAAUUUGCUAUCAACUGAUGUGGAAUUGUGACUCAACAUCACAGCUAAUCUCAGGAAAUGGCAGACAUGCACAUCUGAGUGCUACUCCAUGACCUUCCCACUGCAUGGCACAGUUCACAGCACUCAAAUCCAUUGGCCAUCCAAACACUACGAGCAAUGAUUUCCCUGACCAGCCAUUGUCUUGGCUCAGCCAAUGAACUUCCAUGGACAUAUACAAACAAUGAUUUCCCUGAUCAGCCAUUGCCUUGCCUCAGCCAAUAGACUUCCAUGGACAUACUAAUCUAUCCCAACAAGACAUGACAGCUUCCACUCAGACAAAGCAAGGAAUCCACUAGCAGGAUAAGACCUGCGCUUCACCAUUGGAGAAACUGAGCUUUUCAGGUCUGCCCAUAGGAAAGCAAAUCAAAGCAUCCACGAGAUGAAGCUUCAAAGCCUUUUAAAUUACCCUCCUUGAGGCAACUUCUCUCCAGGUGUACUUCACCAGAGCAUGAUAAUAUAAACUAUCUCCAUUAGUUGACACUCAUCAAGUGCCACCAAAAUGUUCUUUGGCAAUUGAUCCUAUGGGAACCCAACUAGUUUUGUUAAUCAUAUCCUCAAACUUUUUCAAUGUGGUAGUGAUUGCAGGUCUCAGCAGCACGCAGUCCAUCCUCCUCCUCCACCACCACCACCACAUGCCAUUCUGCCCUCUGGUCACCAUUAAUGAUCAAUCAGACUACUUGUUGGUGCUCCAUGCAGUGUUUGCCUCAAGUUCAUCACCGAUUACAGAGUGGAAAGAAGGCCUUUGCCAUGCAUCAGAUAACACUGAAAGCAGUGACGAACACAGAACCCUCCCCACAUGAUUCUAUCAAUGGCUAUGCAAAGAGGUUGUCCUUCUCUUCCAUCCUUUUUCUCCCCAUGUGUUUGAUAUCGGUUCCUGUCCGAGAACAGUGACCACUGUCAGCUUGCAAGCAAAGCUUUUGCCGAUGACUGCACUGCAGGUUCCUCCUCCCUUUGACUAGAGCCAGAAACAUCCUAAAAGUCAUAGCAGAAGAAAGAGAUUUGGUUUGAUUUGGGGGAAUAUCUUGCUUUGCUUCAAAGCAAUGUGAGUCCAUUUCAUUGGCCUUCCCCCUUCAGCAUCAUGACUUCCUUCCAUUCAGAAAAGACGAUUAGAGAGAGAAUUAGAAAGAUGGUCAAAAUGAGGUGGGAGUUUUGUAUCAUCUGCUGAUCCCUCAGCUUCUUUGGAUGGAAUAAUGAAGUGCAACAGUUUCAUUCAACCUUUCUCAACUAAGCAACAAAAUUUAUGGAAUGAUUUUGUGGAUUACACUUCAACUUAA